GGCUAUCUUGAAUUAGAGUACGUAUGAUACACCAGCAUUAUUUAGGAUUCGGCAAAUGUGUCCAUCCAAAGUCAAGAAUUAUCCCGAGCCCUUGCGGUCGAAGGUCGUAUUCGCGCCGAAACAGUGGUAAGUGUGCGACCGGUUCUGCUGAGGCCGGUGCCUCUCGUAGCAGGGUAUCGGGCGAGCUAGUAAUGGGCUCUACAACUUUUCGAGCUCUUCGGAAAUACGAAUCGAGAAGGCCCCGCACACCGGCUGCAACCUCACGGAUCGGCGAAGCGUAUCUCGCAGCUGGUGGGCCAGGUGAAGGAAGAUCCUCUUGCAACACCUCGGUGGCAUUCGAACCCAGCACUACCUCAGGCUCUUCUGUUUCCUCAUCCGGCACCGUUGAUUCCUCCGCCUGUUUGAGUUGGCUCGCUAGUCUAAGGAUACUCGAUUCUUCCCAGCGCGAAACGUUGAACGGUUCGAAGAGUCCGCCGGACCAAAUAUCGCACCAGCAGCGGUCCAACAGACUUAUCACGGGAGGUAAAGGAGCCUGGAUCCCGCUGGGCAAUGAGAAGUUGAGCGCUGCGCCGAAAGUCGUGAUGUCGUCUGCCCAGGGAGUGGACAGUGGCGCCUCGAGGGGGAACGGAUGCCAAUUACAGGAGGAGAAGAACAGAGUUCCAAGCAGUACGAUGCAGUAGAAACUGGGGACAAAGUGAGGUUCGGAGCCACCAUACGUGAAUUCACCGACCAAGGUCUAGCUUGGAUGAACAAAGCAACAAGGAAGAGGAUCAGAAAGUAGGGAGGAGCCGUCGGAAGAGGGAGAAUCAACAAGGGCAGAAACCACCGAGUGCACCUUCCCGCUCGUUAGAGCAGGUCCGACGCGUCAAGCCGCUCACUUACCACAUUGGUCAAGAUGAAGUGCAAUGAUUGUCUUUGUUUACCUCGUGAACCUUCUGGAAUCUGCACGUUUCUUUUUCUACGCUUUCUAUCCCACCACUUCAAAAUCGCCCUGUGAAAAUGGCUGCUGUCCAUCCUGAAGUUUUGUGGGCCCAGCGCAGCUCCGAAUCGGACGAGGAGAAAAACAUCAUCUAUCUCACCAUCAACCUGCCUGAUAUCCAGGAGUCCUCCCUGGAAUACGCGCUCGAGCCGACGAAACUGACCUUCAAGGCCACCUCCGGAAACACCAAGACUGGAUCGGAGAAAGCAUACGCCUUUGAGCUCGAGUUCUUCUCCGAAAUCGUGCCUGAGAAAUCGUCCAAGAAGCUGUCGACGCGUUCUUUCUACCUUGUGCUCCGCAAAAAGGAGCAGAAGGCUGAGUUCUGGCCGCGCCUUACCAAGGAGAAGGUCCGGAACGCGUACUUGAAGACCGAUUUCAGCAAAUGGGUCGAUGAGGACGAGCAGGAUGGUCCCGAAGCACGCGAGGACGAGGACCUUGAGUCUGCUAUGGGUGGAAUGGGAAUGGGCGGCGGUAUGCCCGGAAUGGGUGGAAUGGGCGGAAUGCCCGGUAUGGGUGGUAUGGGCGGCAUGGGCGGCAUGCCUGGUCUGGGUGGCAUGGGCGGCAUGGGCGGAAUGCCGGGCAUGCCAGCCGGAAUGGACUUCGAAAAGAUGAUGGCGGAGAUGGGUGCUGCGGGUGGCUCAGGUGCGGGUGCGGGUGACGAGGACGACUCAGAUGAUGAUGGUCCUCCUCCCCUUGAGGCUGCCGAGCCAUCGAAGUAGACCGCCCGCACGCAGUAGAAAUUUGAAUGUAACGUGUUGAUCUAUCGAAAGCUGUUAUCUUCCCUGCUUUGAGUGCCUCACUAUCCCAACGAUCUGCAGAAACGAG